AUGUAUCGAGAAUGCCACGAGCAAGAGGUUUCCGAGGUUCCCUCAUUGCUCCCAAGCGCAGAGCCGAGGAGGCCUAGCCAAAGACACCUGCAAGGAAUUCAUGCCUGGAAAUCCAGGUGCUCGUCUGCCUUUGCUGCCCCCCCGGCUUGGACCGCCUCAAGAAGUGCAGUCGCAUGUGGGCAGUGCUCCCUGGAAGGAGCAGGGGGCCUCGCGUGCUUCUCUCAGACACGAAGGCGCUCGACUACAGCGCUUGGCUCAGAAAUGGCUUCUCAGGGCGGGCAAAAGCGGCAUCAGCAGGAAGAGGAAGCGGGGAAGCGCUUCCACACUCCAGUGAUGCUCGAAGAGUGUCUAGACGUGCUCUUCGGGGAGGACCUAUCCAAGCCACUCUUGGGGGAACUGUCGUCCUCAGAAAAGCCGAAGCAGCAGGCUCCCCAACCCCGACUUUUUAUCGACUGCACAGUGGGUGGCGGUGGGCACGCUGCAUGCAUCGUGAAGAGACUGACAGCACAGGACACACUUGUGUGCUGCGAUAUUGAUGGCGAGGCUAUUGCAGCUGCACACGCUCGUCUGUGUUCUCUGUGUGGCGGCGGGCCUGAAGGGGCCUGCUGCGAAGCCUCUUAUAAGGAGAAGAAGUCUACGGGGGCCCUCGUGGCUAAAAGGGGCCCUGGUAUCCACUUUGUGCAGGGAAACUUCAAGUUUUUGAGAGAGCUUGUUAACACAGCUUUGGGCAAGGACACCAAUGGAUCGGUUGACGGGAUCAUAGCGGACUUGGGGGUGUCCUCUCACCAACUGGAUGCCGUUCAGCGCGGAUUCAGCCACAGACUGAGGGGCCCCCUGCUGCUGCAGUUCUACCACCCCCUACCCAUGGACACCAGCAGGUGCAGCCAGGUGUACGUACACCAAAAGUCGGUGGAGAACGCCAUCGCUCAGCCUUCCCCUGCAGAGUUGUUGCAGCACGCGAGCGGACCACUGCUGCAGCGAAUCCUGUGGCAGCUGGGGGAGGAGCCCUUAGCGAAGCGCAUUGCUGCAGCCCUUCUUCGCCAGCAGCAGCAGCAGCAGCAACAGCAACAGCAGGAAAUGCGUAUUCCGGAUCUCGUAGAUGUAGUGUGCAGCUGCGCACCAUUGGUCCCUCACUCGCAAAAGAAGCGCAUCCUCUCGCGCGUGUUUCAAGUGAGCUGCGUCUUAAAAAGCCUCAUUUCACUGCCACAGGCUCUACGGAUGUACAUUAAUGAGGAGACGCUGGCGCUGCAGCAGCUGCUGACGCAAGCGCUGCAGCUCCUGCUGCCUGGAGGGCGCCUGGUGGUGCUCUCCUUCCACUCCAUCGAGGACAAGAUUGUAGCAACUGCCUUCCAAAAAAACAAAUUGCAGGGGGCAUCAGCAACGGCAGCAGCCGCCCAGCCGCUAGUAGACGAUCCUCUUAGGAAGGGCUGGAAGGGACCGAGGGCGAUUGGUGACGAUGCGUCUGGCUACCGACAAGCGGCAUGGCGACCCCUUUUUAAGAAUUACUUGAAACCAACUGCAGAAGAGGUCGCCAGAAACUCGAGGUACGUGUGA